CUCAACAAUCAAUACUCUCACAAACUGCCAUCAACCCACCAAAAAGUUUCUCCCUAGCUACAAGAGAAGAACAAAAACAUGCCUUCUCUCCAACCAACAUUUUCUUCCAAAUCCAGUACAGAGUUCAAUGAGUUUCAAUGGGUCAUUCAAAUCCAAAAAACACUAGAGGAAGAGCUUGAGUAUGAUAGGGAAAUCCCUGUCUCCAUUUUCAAUGUCCCCAAGGCCCUUUUGGCUAGUGAUCCAGAUUCCUACAUCCCUCAAGAAGUUGCAAUUGGCCCUUACCACUAUUUCCGCCCUGAGCUCUAUGAGAUGGAGAGGUACAAAGUGGCUGCAGCUAAAAGGACCCAAAAGCAGCUCGAAUGCCCCAAGUUCCAAGACCUUGUUGAGCAAUUGAAGAAGCUGGAGCCGCGGAUUCGCGCUUGCUACCACAAGUAUUUGGAUUUCAAUGGUGACACUUUAGGUUGGAUGAUGGCCAUUGAUGCAUCAUUUUUCCUUGAGUUACUCGAAAUCUAUGGGGCCAAAGAAGGAAGGGUUUUCACCAGAGUUUCCUCAAGAAUGUCACACUUGGUUGACGUUUCAGGGAGCAAGUCAGCUCUCCAUGCAAUUCUUAGGGACUUGGUGAUGCUUGAAAACCAAAUCCCACUAUUUGUGUCCAGAAGAACUUUAGAGUUUCAAUUCAAAUCACUGGAACAAGCUGACGACAUGCUGCUUUCGAUGCUGAUGGGGUUGUGCAAGGAGCUUUCACCAUUCAAGGUGGUGGAUCAAGACCUGCCAAAGAUCCAAGUCUCAGAAUGUGCUCACUUGCUAGACUUUUUGUACCAAAUGAUCACCCCCAAGUUAGAACGUCGACUGUCUGACAUCGUGGAAGCUGAGGAUGAAGGAGAAUCCACACCACACAAGGGAUCAAAAUCUUCUGAUAGCCCGAAUUUCGUGAAGCAGUUUCUGCAGGAGGUAUGGAAGCUGCUGUCGAAACUAAACAAAGGUCCAGUAAGUCUUUUGAAAAAACUACUUGAAUCUGGUCCUGUUAAAGUGAUUGUUAAAUUGCCUUGGACAGUCCUCUCCAACCUUCCUGGAUUUUCAAUGUUGAAACAACCUGUUUCUUAUUUAUUUUCCACCCAAGACAAAGAAGAAACCAACCCCGAAAAUGAGAAUUCGAGCAAUAGCAUUAGUAAACCACCAUUGAUAGAGGAGAUUACCAUCCCUUCUGUUUCUGAUCUUGUAAAAUCCGGGGUCCGUUUUGUGAAAACAAAAGGUAGCGUUUCGACCAUCUCCUUUGAUCCUAAAACAGUCACAUUUUACCUCCCUGCUACAAGCCUGGAUGUAAAUACAGAGGUGAUCUUGAGAAACUUGGUAGCAUAUGAAGUAUCAAAUGCAUCAGGGCCGUUGGUUUUCACCCGUUACACCGAAUUAAUGAACGGGAUCAUAGACACUGAGGAGGACGUGAAACUGCUUAGAGAGAAAGGUAUAAUUUUGAACCGUUUGAAAAGCGAUGAAGAAGUAGCCAAGGUUUGGAAUGGUAUGAGCAAGUCCAUUAGAUUGACCGAAGUGCCAUUCUUGGACAAGGCAAUUGAAGAUGUGAACAAGUAUUACAAUGGCAGAUGGAAGGUCAAAAUGACAAAGUUUAUGAAGGUUUAUGUGUUUGGUUCCUGGCAAUUUCUUGCUGUGCUUGCUGGCGUGUUGCUCUUGCUCUUGAUGACAUUGCAAGCAUUUUGCUCUGCCUAUAGCUGCAGUCGCGUAUUCCAUAUCCCCACCACUACUACUUCUACUUAGUGAUGCUUUAGGCCUAAUUAGCUUAUCUCCUUCUAUUCUAAUAGAUUGUAAUUACAAGAUUUUACUUAUGAUUUUAAUUCACGUAGAACUUUCUUGUAUUCUCCAAAGUAGAUUUCACCAAAGUGUGGAUUGGAUUCGGGAUAGCCAUCUUCCAUCCUAUGCCAAGCCUUUAAAGAAACAGAAAGUUGAG